UUGAGUGCGGUCAUUCUCGAUUUCCUCUGAUCAUUACCGUAAUAAUUCUCAUUGAUGGACCUUAGGCUGGUGAGUCAUCGUGGCAUAAUAGGUCGGGGUCGAAAUCAAAGCCAGUACUCUGGAGGCAGCGGUACCAUGUGCAUUAGAACUAUAAUAAGCGGUACUUCUCUUUUCAACAAAGCUGACGCAUUUCCCACUGAAUUAGAGAAAAAGCUAGGUAAACAGAGGGGACCAAAAUUGGACAUGUAGGUGAAUAGGUAUACUAUUUUAGUGGGUCCUUGGGAUAUAGCCUUAUUUUUUUCUCUCCUGGAUGGAUCAACUAGCUGCCCCUCAUUGAUUAAAUUGAUUUCGACUAGACGGCUAAUUAGCUUGCGGGAGAUGAUGGCGUUUUAUUAACUAACCACCACAAUAUGCAUAGGCUAGAGUAGCCUACAGUGGCAAGUAAGAUAACAGGGGAAAGUUAAGUGACGCUUGGAGUUCCUGGAGGAUCGUUUUCACUGUCGCACCUAUGAUAACGCACCGGUUAGCAAAUCGUUGCAGUGUGUGCAUGUGAGCAGCAACUGGAGGUGAGUGUGUUUUCUGACUAAGAUGGGGCGCCGGGCCGCUAGUCCGCUCUGAGUGGACAAAUACCUUGAGACUAAGGGUAUGUAACACGAAAAAGGUUGCUGUCACAACCGAAGAUGAGGGCUCGGCAUUAAAACCUCUCAUCUCCAAAAGGCGCGAAGGAGGUGGUGGCACAAGACGCAAACAUCCGCUUGACAUGAGUAGGAAGUCAGUCAAGCAAAUCAGGAGAGAACAAUACACGAUCGAGACUGCCUGCGGUGGCAACUAUAAACGGAGUAUAUCUAUAUCCCUCUGAAGGAGCAGCAGCAUACCCUUGACUUUCAUUGCUGCGGGUUUUGUAUGGCUUUUCUAACCUGGAUUUUAAAUCAAGAUGAUGGCUCUCUCUACAGACAAAGAGGACAAAAUGCCCAGCUUUUCUACAAUGAAACACGUGUGGAUCUCUGUCUUGCUAGUGUGUAUUACAUGUCACGUGGGUCGUGGCCAGACCACAGCAGAGGCAUUGAAAGAGGCAGAGGCUAAUGACAACAUCACCAUCUUCACGCGCAUACUGGACGGACUGCUGGACGGCUACGACAACAGACUCAGACCAGGACUUGGAGAAAAGGUCACGGAGAUCAAAACCAAUAUAUUUGUCACAAGCUUUGGCCCAGUUUCAGAUACUGAAAUGGAGUACACCAUCGAUGUGUUUUUCCGACAAAGCUGGAAAGACGAGCGCCUGUGUUUCAAAGGACCCAUGGAGAUGCUGCCUCUGAACAACCUCCUGGCCAGUAACAUCUGGACCCCGGACACAUUCUUCCUCAACGGGAAAAAGUCUAUCGCCCACAACAUGACCACUCCCAACAAGCUACUGAGACUGAAGGAUGACGGGACGCUGCUCUACACCAUGAGGUUAACCAUAUCGGCGGAGUGUCCCAUGCAGUUGGAGGACUUCCCAAUGGAUGCUCACGCUUGCCCUUUGAAGUUUGGAAGCUGCCCCACUCCCCCUUCCCGUCUCAGUAUCAUCGAUGGCCAUCCGGCAUACAUGGUGAGACGCCUGGUGAGUGUUCGACCUCGGGGCAGGAGUUUCCAGUACCUGGUUGACUGGGAGGGUUAUGACCUGGAGGAGAGGUGCUGGGUCCCUACUAAGAACAUCCUGGACCCGGCCCUCAUCGCUGACUUUCACAGCCGGCAUCCCGGUCAACCAGGUAUGCGCCCAGAUGCCUAUCCAGUCUCUGAGGUGGUGUACCUCUGGCAAACUGGUGCUGCCAAGUCUGUAGUGGUGGCAGAAGACGGAUCCCGUCUCAACCAGUACCACCUGAUCGGCCAGACCGCAGGCUCUGAGGACAUCUACACCAGUCGAGGACAGUACACAGUCAUGAUGUGUCACUUCUACCUGAAGAGGAAGAUUGGUUACUUUGUCAUUCAGACCUACAUGCCGUGCUUCAUGACCGUGAUCCUGUCCCAGGUGUCCUUCUGGCUCAACCGUGAAUCUGUACCAGCCAGGACCGUCUUUGGUGUCACUACAGUGCUGACUAUGACGACUCUCAGUAUCAGCGCUCGCAACUCGCUGCCCAAGGUGGCCUACGCCACAGCCAUGGAUUGGUUCAUCGCUGUGUGCUAUGCGUUCGUCUUCUCCGCGCUCAUCGAGUUUGCCACCGUCAACUAUUUCACCAAGAGGAGCUGGGCGUGGGAUGGCAAGAAGGCCAUGGAGGCUCAGCACCCAAAGAAAAGGGACCCUAUGGUGCUUUCUAAGAAGCCCAACAACGUCUGUACAGCAGGAGUGAACUACACCCCCAACAUCACUAAGGAUAUCUCUAUCUCCACCAUCUCCAACAGCACCUCCAUACAACUAAGAUCGUCUGAAACAGAAGUCCUGGACCCCAAGAAAACCUACAACAGCGUGAGCAAAAUCGACAAAAUGUCCCGGAUAGUUUUCCCUGUCCUAUUUGGAACCUUUAACCUAGUGUACUGGGCUACUUACCUCAACAGAGAACCGGUCAUCAAAGGAGUAAAUAUAUUGGCUCCAACAUAGUGUCUUGGUCAAACACACCACCCUACCUUCAACCGUAUUGGCCUACAAGCUGCUGAAGAAAAUGCUACUGUCUCACAAAGGAUGGGAGAUGUCAUGGUUUCUGUCUUUCUCAUUACUGUCAUUUGCAUGAAGCUUUUUGGAGAGAUACUCUACCCAUGUUUGUCUUGAUAUUCCCUCUUUAUACCUACUGUACAUUGCUUUAAUUCAACAAUGGUAUUUUGAAAGUGAAAAUCAAUGACAUUUUGAAAGUGAAACCCGACAAGGACAUUUUGAAAUGCUGCAGUGUGGACAUGGCAUUUAUGUUGUUGUUUAUAACACGGUCAUCUUGAAGAAUAAGAGACUGAGAAACACAUGCCGUGUUCGGAAUAUUGAAGUAAGAUAUUGGAGGCUAGGAUGGUAAGGGAAGUGGCGAGUAAUAAUUUUCAGUGUCAUUUCCAGUCAAUUUGUAAGGUUUGUAUAAUACUGCGGACAAAUCUCUCCUAUCUCUAUUGGAUACAUAUGUUGUUAUACUUUUGUCAUUUUUGCCCAUCUCACAUGUACUGUUUGUACAAUUUAAAAUGUUACUAUUUCUUACCUCCAUCUAUAUAAUGUACAGAUUCAUAAUUUUUUUUGACAAACGUGGGUCUAACCGUGAAGACAGAGGCCAAAUAAGCUAGCAAGAUACAACGCUGUGAUAUAAUUGAUGAUACAGUCUAAUCAACCUAGGUGAAAGUGCACAGUGGGAAAAUUCUAAGCAUUAGCAUGUUCUAAAAUGGUUGGUUGAUGAGGUCGGACUUUUUCAAUUGCAAUGAAAGCGUUUUCCCCAAGCUAGAGGGAGUGGAUGCCUACUUAGAAGUUUUGAGCUGACCCUUUGUUGUGAAAGGUUGAACUCGUAUACUGUAACAGGAUCCGUUUUCAGGGUCGUGUUCCUUAGCAAUCAAAUGGGGGGAAAAAAACGGACUGAAACAUGGAUGCACUUCCUGGAUUUGUUCAAAAAGAAACACUUAUUUCAUUUACCGUUUCAAAACAUUUUGGCACAGUUUGCUCUACUGAACACAGCCCUUCUACACUGCUGUCCUAUCGUCAUUGUGCCAUGACCAGAUUGGCCCCAGUCCCUGAAGUCUGCUCGGGUUGAAUUAGCCUGGGAUAAUGAGCUUGUACCUGUUAAACACAAUCUGAUAUGGCCCCUGGAGAGAGAACGAACCACAUGGGACUGACCACCCACCCUCACCCCAGGCCCAGAGCGCUUUGUUCAUGGUACGGAAAGGAGAGCAUGUGGGUAGGGCUCCGGGGCAUGGUGCCUCUGUGGUUAACACCUACUUUCUUGUUACAGACUCAAGAGAUCGAGAUAUGGUAUCUUUUUUUUUUUAAGAGAAAGAAAGAAGAAUAAUGGAUGAAACUAAAUAAUAUGUUUGUGCUUCAAGGCCACCGUACUUCAGUAAAAGAUGGAGAUACAGCCUAUAUGAAACAAGCUGUUCCUGAGAAUCACAUAAACUCGUCGACACAGCGUGUACAGAGAGAAAAUAGAUGGGAUAAUUAUGGAUAUGGAUAAUAUUAGUGACAGAUGGAUAAUUUAAAUGUCACUAACGUUACAGUUCUCAUUAAAGUAUCAUGUUGUAGAUAACGCAAUAACUGAACAUGCAUUGUUAUUAAUUAUUUUAUAUUCAAAUCUCCUAGGCAACAAAGACAUCCUUCAUGUAUAUAGAGACAGUGACUAAAAUACCUCUUUAUUUGUAUGUCUCUAUGUGACAUCUUGUGUUAAAGGAAUAAUCCACUAAAAAACAUGUAUGUAAUCUUUUUCAUUAGUCCAUAUUUGAUACAGUCUCAAAAUUGUUUUGCAUGUUUUCAAGAUAAAGGACUUUCACAAAGUAAA